AUGCAGGCCAACCCCAAUGAAAAUCCGGGGCACCUCAGCCAAUAUCACCACAUGCUCCUCCCCUAUCCCGAACCCGCCUCCUCCUGCUUCGCGAGCCGUAUCCCCUCUUACCAGCCCAGCUCUCUCUCCUCCUUCUUCCUCAGCCCGACCCGCCACAACGGGCCUGUCGAACCCCCUUCAGCCCACCCUUUUGUCUUUCUCGUCAACUCAAUCUCUUCAUCCCUGCCCCCUCUUCGGAUAUCAAAUAGUAUCCCCGUGACUCCUCCUCUCUCUUCCCCCACCCGAGACCCAGCCAAGAUGGUAGCCUUCAACUUGGAGGCCCUCGCCAAGGAGUCCAUGUCGACCCUCAAGGUCUCGCUUUAUGCAGCCUCAGCCCCUGCUAGCCCAGCCCGGACCCACCUCGGGUUCACGCCUGCUACCAUCCCCGAGUGUGAGAUGAGUUCGACACUUCCACUGUGGACUCUGCCCAUGGAUAGAUCAUACAUUUUCUUCAGAAGACUCAACAUCGAGAAAAAAACUGAUAUUCUAAAAUAUGCUGGAUUUCCGGCCAAAGAUCGUUUUUUCUGGGAUUAUGUGGAUAGAGCUGCUUGGGGCAUUGAGAAGGGAGAAAAUAAAGAGCAUAUUGUUGUUGAAGAUGAAAAGACUUCAGCUGACUACUGCUAUUCUUUUAAGGUGCAGAAGCUUGGAGUGAUUCCCCCUGUGAAAGAAUUUAGGAAGCUUAUGAGAAUGCAGGCAUUACGUUGUCCAUGUUGUCUACUGCCAGAACGGAGUUUCUCGGAUUUGAAGGCGGCUGUCCCGGUGAACAUCUUAUUUCAGGAGUUUAGAACGUUGGAACGUCGCGAAACUUUACCAACAGGUUCGUCACCCAUUUAG